AACAAGUUCAUACUUUUUGAAUCGAUAUAUGAGGAAAUAUUAUUAAUACAAUUUUUCUCAAUGAAAAAGAAUAUACAUAAAAUUUAACUUUUUAUCAUUUGUAUUAAUGUAAAUAGUAAAUACCUAUAUAUGAUAAAACAAACUGUUCUUAAAGGAUAUUUCAAUGAAUAAAUUUGCAUUUAACAGCCAAUCAAAAUGGAAGUACAGUAGAAUAAUUGUGUUUCAUGGACCAUGUUAGUCGAUUUAAAAAAUAUAAAAGUGCAAAGUAAUAUUAUGAAAGAAAAAAUGCAUAUCGUUAUUGUGACAUGAAUAGUAAUUUAAUUAGAAUUUAUACGAGGGAUCUUACAGACACAUUUCAAUCGUAUCAAUUUUUUACGUUUGUAAUUAUUUUUUUAAGGUUACAUACAAGUGCAAUUAUUUUAUAUAAAUCACAAUGUAGAUAAUUAAUUUCAAUAUAGCUGAUACAUUCAUGAUUUCUCGUUAUUCGAAAUUCUUUUCACAAUGUCAAAUAAUAAAAAUCAGCAAUAUAAAGUACAGUCAUUUCAUCCAUUCGAAAGUCAGAUUAAAGAUAAAUCUUAUGGUGUUGGAACUAAUAAUAAAAGUUUAAACGAUGAAAAUAAUGAUCCAGAGACUAAACUUAUAACAUUGUCUACUCCAAACAAAGCUAAAAUCAAUGGAUUGGAUGUACUAAAUAAGCAAGUUAAAUCAUGUAGUCAGUGUUCAAUGACAUUCAGAUACAAAAGACAUUUGGAUCGACAUUUGGAGGGGCACCAGAAAAAUAAUUGUUCUUACUGUAAUGCAAAAUUUGCUAGACGUAAACAUCUUGAGAUACAUUUAUUUCGUUCUCAUGGAGAAAGAGUAACAAAGUAUCCACAUUCUUGUGAUGUAUGUCCUCGCAGUUUUCCUAAGCGUACUUUGUUAAAUCGUCAUCGUGCAAAGCAUAGUUAUGAAAAUGGCAAAGUUUGCUCAGACUGUGGAAAAAUGUUAAAAACGGAAGAAGAUGAUAAGGAACACAAAGAACAUUAUUGUAUAAAAAAACAGUUUAAGUGUAACAGGUGUUUACAAACAUUUAGCAUUGAACAAACAUACCUACUUCAUAUCCAGAAUCAUGAAAAUCACAAAUGUUCCAAAUGUGAUGUUACAUUUGCAUCUAAAAAGAAAGCUCAUGAACAUUAUAAAAUUGUGCAUUCUUCAAAACUGAAUCAUAGUAAAAUCUCUAAUGGUGACAUUUAUUUCUGCGCUGACUGUAGACAUACUUUUAUUAAAAAAGAUGAUUAUUCUCGCCAUUUGGAAUCUACUUUACAUCUCAGUAAAAUAAAGAAGGAAAUAUCUGUGAGAGAUACUUUUAAUUGCUCAAUUUGUUCUAAAAAAUUAAUUUCGCAAAGAGCACUUGAUCAACAUGUUAGACGUAUACAUAAAGGAGAAAAAAGAUUUGCCUGCGAUAUAUAUGGUUGCACAUUUCAAUGUGCAAGAAAAUCAGAUUUGGACAGGCAUAAACAGUUACAUAUAGAACAAAGGAAUAUUGUGUGUGAACAGUGUGGUAAAACUUUCACUAGCGUUAGUAUACUUAAUGAUCAUGUUCUGUAUGUACAUAACAAAGAAAGGCAAUUUAUUUGUGACGAAUGUGGUAAAGCAUUUAAACGUAACAGUUUAUUAAAAAGACACAAAUUGUCUCAUCAACAGUAUCGACCAUUUGCUUGUAUGCAAUGUAGUACUGCUUUCAAGAGGUCACAUCAUCUUACUCGUCACAUGGAAACUUGUCACAGAAUUGUGUCUGUAAAAAAGAAGAAGGUUGUAAAACUCAUGAAAACAGAAGAUGGCCACCUUGUUCCAGUACCAGAAAUACCGAAAAAAUUAAAGCCAAAAAAAGUAAAAAAUAAAGGUGGAUUCGACAUAGUCUUAACAUCAAACGAAAAGAUUCUGUCUUCUACAAAUACAAAUAUCGUUAACGAACAUACUGAUUCGAAGUUUGAAUUUCAAACACUGCCUAAUUCUAAUGAUCUUUAUGAAAAUCCAACUCUAUCAUUAGAACUUACAAAUUUAUUACCUACUACUGAUUCUUCUCCUCAAGUUCUUUCAUUAGUAGAUAUUAAUGCAGAACAGAUUGUCACGGUAGAAGUUACUAGCCCAAAGAUUGUAACAAUGAACGAUCUUAUAGAUCAGUUUGAAACGAGUUCUAAUGAAAUAUUGAAUGUUAAUAGUUAUCAAGAUUUGGAAUUUCAGCAUGGAAUUUUAAAUACAGAUCACCAUUUUUUCGAUCAUUCAAAUUAUUCUGAAUUAUCUUUUGAAGCUGUAGAAGGAACAUCACUUUUUGUAGAUUCGACUAUUAACAAAGUAGAUACUACACCAAUGGAUAGUUAUUUAAAUCAACCAUUUCCAUCAUUUUUAAAUCUUUAAUAAAAUUGAAAAAAAUAAUUACCAUUUAAAUGUUUCCCACAUUUUCUUGUAAAUAUUGUAAUUUAAACGAGUAUAUAUUAUAUAUAUAAGUUUACGUAAAAUCAACCGUGUUAAUAUAAUUGUAAAUAACAAUCCUGAAUCAAGGGUUAAAAACAAUGCAAUACAUUUCAUAAUAGUUCUUGUUUGUUAAAAUUUAACAUACAUUUAGAAGAUUAUGGUAAUUGUAUAGUUUUUCUUAAUGUUCACACGCAUUCUUCACUCAUUUUUUUCUUCAUAUAAUGGUAGAAAAACUCCUUAUUAUAAAUAACACUUCUGUAUGAAAUUCUGAAAAAUGUAUAACACUGACAGAUGUGUAUAAAAAUGUAAUUUACACAAAAUAUACAUUACUCACACAUGUAAAUGCUUAAUGUCAUAUAUUUUUUUUAUUCUUGCAUAUACAUAAUCUAAAUAUCUGGUUCAAAGAGGUGAAUAUAAAUUUUGUACAAUAAAAACAUAGGUAUAAUAAAUAACAAAUAGCGAAAGUUUUUUGCAAAUAGUACAGAUCAAAAUAUGAACUAGAAAUGAAUAAAAUAAUAUGAUCCAAUGGAAUUUGAUCAAUUUUACGACCUUUUCUUAUGUGUAACAUUAUAUUAUGAAAGCACCAGUUUUUACAGCUCACUUAUCUUUACACUCAUAUUUUUUAUAAACAAAGCUGAUUAACAAUAUAUAAGUAGUACGUUUAACAAUAUAUCAGUACAUUUUACAAUGUUUAUUCCCCAAGUUUCAUUUACUUUUCACAUUAUAUUAAUUUUUUCAGUUUUGUUUCACGAAACAAAUCUGUAUAAAAGAAAUCCCGCUAUUGCGGCAGUUGCUCCGCCAAUCAAGCUCCACGUAAUAUUCGAUACGGCUUUUGUUGUACUCUCCUUUUUUGUAUUUUUUAAAGGUAUAUUAUUUUUAUGUGUACCGAACAUUUUGCGAUAUAAAUUCUUCUCAUGUUGAGCCUCUUUAGCAAUCUUUUCUUUCAAAACUGUUAACUCAACUUGAAUAGCUUUUGUUUCUGGUUCUAAUUUUGCUGCCUGCAGUAAUGUUUGAUAUGCUAAUGUAUUUUCUCCUUUGUAAUGCAAAAUUUUUCCUACAAACAUAUAAAUACAUACAAAGUGCUCCAUCGCAUACAGAAAUUCUCUUACAAGAUGACUGUGUAUGUAAAAGACGAAAAUCAGAAAUUGAUAAAAUUGCAUUGUUCGUUUUCAAGUUAUUGAAAAUACACCAAUAGCGGCGCUAGAAUCAGGACAAUAGCCGCACGACCAGAUCAGUCUAAUUCACACACUAUUAGUGAAUUAUCAUAGUUCAGAAGGAUCUUUAAUUUUCAAUAACUUAAAAAAAUAUGGUGAAAACGCAUUCUUGUUAUUCUUAAUUUUCGUCUUUUUUUAACGUGCAGAAUCAUCUCUUGUACGUGUUUAGAUUAUAUAAUUUAUAACAUCAAAUACAAUCAUUAAUAUUAAUACCUUUCCUGAACAGUGCUUUUACAUUUUGAGGUUGACAACUCAAAACACUAUCUACACUUUUCAAUGCUGCAUCAUAUGCUUGUGUUUUCAUCUGUGCAGCUGCUAAGUUAUUAUAUACUUUCAUAGAAUCUUCUAAUAAUGCUUGCAAUUCUAUAUCAGUAGUAGAAUCAUCUGCAUCUGUUUGAUACGAAGCACGAUUUUCUGAUGGUAAUAAAAACUCUAAUGCUCUUCGAUAACACUGAAUUGCAAGCACUGGUUCAUUACGAGCAAACCACCAAUUCCCACGUUCUCGUUUUUUAUUCCUUUAACAAAAUAUGCAAAUGAUUUUUUAUUAU